AUGAAUCAGAUAGUGAGGGAAAAUCGUCUAUUACCAUUGAUCUUCGUCCUCUUUGCGCUUAUCAGCUUUGUUGCCAUAUUGUACAGCCAUGAAUUCUCUUGGGAUUUUUCCCCAUUCCAUCGCCGUCAGCAAUUUGCCUCACUCAAUGUUUCCCCUUACUCUCCUGUUGGAUUGGAACAUAAGAAGGGCAAUAAAGAUAGAGAAACAACGCUUCCAUUCGCAAUAGGUAAGACACCAGAGGAAUGUGAUAUAUUCAGUGGCAAGUGGGUGAUAGACAAGGAAAAUAUGCCUUUGUAUGAGGAGUCAGAGUGUCCCUAUAUUGAGCCACAGUUGACAUGCCAACAACAAGGACGCCCGGAUAAGGACUACCAGUUCUUGCGCUGGCAGCCUCAUGGCUGCAAUCUGCCCAAAUUUAAUGCUACCAUGAUGUUGGAAGCUCUCCGGGGAAAGAAACUGCUGUUUGUUGGUGAUUCUUUAAUCAAGGGUCAGUAUCUAUCCAUGAUAUGUCUUCUUCACAGAUUGGUACCUGCAACAGGCAAAUCCUUUAAAAAGUCUAUGUUUUCAAUCACUGUCCUCAAAUUGAAGGAUUACAAUGCUACCAUUGAGUUCCAUUGGGCUCCCUUCCUGCUUGAGUCAAAUGUAGAUGAUGAUCCUAACAAAAACUUAUCAGAGAGAACUAUACACAAAGGAUCCAUAGAUACACAUGGGAAAUAUUGGGAAGGGGCGGAUAUAGUCGUAUUCAGCACGUACAUCUGGUGGAUGACCGGCUUCAAGUUGAAAGUCUUGAAAGGGUCUUUCACAGAUGAAGUGAAGGAGAUUGAAAUGCUGAAUGCAGAGGAAGCUUAUCGGAUAGCUAUGCAGAGCACGCUGGAUUGGGUAGAGAGAAACAUGGACCCAAAGAGGACCAGAGUGUUCUUCACUAGCAUGUCACCGACUCACUUAAGGAGCAUACGAUGGGGGGGUGAACCAGAUGGAAACUGUUACAAUGAAACAACUCCAAUACAAGAUCCUGAAUACGACUGGCGUUUAAACGCCCAUGAAAGCAUAAUGCAAGUUGUUGAUGAAGAAAUCAGCAAAUCCAGGGUACCCAUAUCAUUUCUCAACAUAACUCGGCUUUCAAGUUAUCGGAAGGAGGCACAUACACAAAUAUACAAGAAACCAUGGAGUCCGCUCACUCCAGAGCAAUUAGCAAAUCCUAAGAGCUAUGCUGAUUGUAUGCACUGGUGUCUGCCAGGUUUGCAGGAUACAUGGAAUGAACUACUAUUUACGAAACUCUUCUACCCUUAGUAAGAACCAAGAAAAAUCUUCCAAUUUUAGUUUCUCUGAGGUUUCCCCAGGAUGAAAGGAUUCCAAGGUUUUGGAAAUGAAACUCAUGUGCCCUAACCCCCAACUACAAUGAAACAUAGUACAUAUUGAGUGAAGUAAUUCCUUGUAAAAGUCAUUCCAGUAGACAGUAAAAUUCUUGUUCGGCAACUGAAUGUUUCAUCUGUACUGGAAGAAAAGUAAUUCCAUAGAUAGCAAAGUACGAAUAUUGUUAUACAGCUUGUUGGCUAGAAAAACAUGUAAUUAUUUCAUUCAUUAAUGAUAAAAAUAAUGUUGAUGAAUAAGAGACUGAAUUUUA